GGAUAGGUUUUUUGCUCUGUGCCUGUGGGCUUUGGCUCAGUGCAUUAUGUUUCUCGCAUGAAGGCGGAAGGAGCAGGAGGACUCGCUGCGGAAACCAUUGGUUAUAACUGAGAUGGAAUGAUGGGUGGGAGUGGGAGGUACUGGACUUGUGUGUCUUGGGUUUUUUUUUGUUUGUUUGUUUUUUUUAGGAUAACAAGAAUUAAACUUUUGAUUCUCACAAUUGAGAAUUAUUUUGUUUAAAAACUCUGGACAUUUUGAAUGCUAAACCAAAAAGCAUUGGGAAACGUAUUGUCUCAAUUCUCAAAUCCAAGGAACAGGAAUGGCAAUCCCAUUUCUGCCUGAUGUUCCUCAGGGUGCUCACCGAGUGGCUUUACACUGAUGCCAUCUGACAACGGUGUGAGUCCUUUAACUGCAAACCUGAGGGGAAAUUCACGAUCAACGUCUUGAAAAGCUUUAGCAGAAGAAAUCUGGGCUGUAAAACUGAGUUUAGGAAGAGGGAUCCAGGAGUGAUUCAGACACGGAGGGCGCUGGCCCUGCUGAAACACUGGAAAUCCAGCCUGUCACGCUGUUAAAACUUGUUUAUGCGAAGGCUGUGCUGACCACAAGACUGAGCACAGCCCUGGGAAAUCGUACGGGCUGAUAGUUGUUCUGGGAGAUGGCACAGAAACGGGUUUGUACGUAUUUGUGCUGAGGGAGCUGUAUGGUGCUGCGCUGCCUCCUGCCUGGCUGAAUGGACAAGCUCUUAAGCCUCUGACGAAAGGAUGUAAGGUUUUGUCACCUCUUUGGUGACUAGUUAGCUGGAACUAGUAUAUUUGACUGUAAUUUAGCAUUUCUGGAGUGACUACAGUUUGGUAAUUCUGGUAAACUUACAAAAGAAAAAAAAAACCCAAACCCGUUUGUUUCUCACAUUUACAGAAUAACCAUGUUUUUAUUUUCUGAUGAUUCCUAUAGUCAUUUAAACAGAUCCAGGAGGAAAAAAAAUCCGGUUAUCCAGUUUCUCCGGGAUGCUGAUGGAUGGCCUCUUCCUCCUUGCAGUCUGAACAGGAAGGUCCUUUCUGACCCUGGCCAAGGAAGCAGGUUGGCUCUUGGCUGUAACUUGUUCAUCGCUUUAUUCUCAUCUCCUCCGAAGCCCAGACACUGUCCUCUUGAUCGUGUACACAUUGUCAUUUAAAAAAAAAAAAAAAAAGAAAGAAAGAAACCUAUUUACAAUCCUAUUUUCCUCAUUCCUGAAACCUCCUAACCCGGUUGACUUGUCGGAGUGCAUUUCAUGCAUUCUUAGUAGAUAGGCUGAAGGAAACGCCUAGUUCAGUCACAGCUAGAGGCUAGAAAGCGUGCGGGGAGUUCAUGAACGCCGCUCGUCUCCUGCAGUCACCACGGCGUGCGUGUAGGUGGCCGGGGAAGGAUCGCACGCUGCUGGGUGCAGUAUGACCGCCCCGCAUCUUGCCAGUGUGCCACAGCUCGUGACAGUGAGUUGAGACUUCUUGCUUUGGAAGACGAGAGUGGGAAGUUCAGGGGCUGCUGGUUAUUGAAAAUGGAGGAAACAAGGAAGCUUUCUCCAAAGCCGUGUAAAAGCAAAGAACCCGUGAAAACAGAAUGGGGGGCUCAGAGUGUCGUCUUUACGUAUUUUCAAGGCGAUAUUAACAGCGUGGUGGAUGAACAUUUCUCUAGAGCUCUGAGCAAUGCCAGGAACCCUCAAGACCUGAGCACAAAGCACAAGAGCGAGGCUGUCGUCCUGAAGCACGAUAGCAUGUCUCCUCACCAGUGGAAUUUCUCCUCACAUUGCUCCAAACCAUAUCCAUCAUCUUCCUCUACCAGCAUGUCAAACUCCACUCUGAAUUUCCCUGCUGCUGCUAUGGCGGGGCAGUACCAGCCAGCAGCUCUGCGCACUCACCCAGCACCACCCGCAGACCUCUGGCCCUUCCCUUCCCUCAGCACUCCCAGUCUCCCCAGCCCGGUGUAUCAUCACACCAUGCCCGACCUGCACGUGGUGGAUGAACCCAUCUCCGACAGGAAAUACGGUUCCCUUCUUGAUCUUCUGCAACAGGAACGGUGCCUGAUGUCCAUGCAGGAAUGUGCUGUGAAGCAACACUCAGGUUCUGCUUGUAUGACUGGACCUGCUAGAUUACAAAAUAUAAGCCAAAGUUCAGUUCCUGGGGGAGAGAGGAAAGCCAGCUCUUACCAAGGCUCAGAGAACCCCAGUGCAAGCCAUGCCACUGCAGGUAUUCAGAUUCACGACAGAAGACGGGAUUUGUACUUUUAGCCAUGGGACAUUUCUACUUUAUUCCAACCAAGUUCUUGCCAUGAACUGUUACUAUUUGUGACUGUGAAUCAAGAUGAAAUGAGCUGCAGCAGUUCUCUGCUUUUUCUCUCAGAUGGAAGAAUACUGUUUACUAUGUUAGGAAUGAAAGAUUGCUCUCUCUGUUCAGUAAAUAUUUCUAAUAGUUGUGGUAUCGAACCUGACGGACCGUGCUUGUUGUUAAGAAACAUCAUCUGCUUUAUGGCUUUCCACACUUAACCCUCUUCAAAAGGACUUUUAGCACUUUUUAAUCAUUGCUGAUAAAAAGCACAAUUAUAUCAUGGAGGGGUGCAAUUAGCUGCAGCUGCUUAUCUUGAUUUGAUAUCUCCAUAGUGUUGAAAAUAGUUGUAGACUGUGGGCUCCCCUUGCAAAAAGCUUCAAGACAACCAUGGGCCAGAAAAGCACUGUUUCAUCUUUUUUUUUUUCCUACAUACUGCAAUGUGUGGCCCGUUACAGCACUGGGGCUGAUAUAACUCACUUUAGUUCAGCAGCUGUAGCUGUUUAUGGUGCUGGUUAAAAAGGAAAAUAAGAAAACCCCACUCUGUAUAAUACAAGCAUACUGUAGCAUAUAGAAGAGCUGGCUUGUACAUGAAAAUGCAUGCAAGAGGAACCAUGUUAACUAUGCGAAUAAAAGGCAGGCCAGCACCAUACUCAUGUCCUAAAAUCCCUCUUGGUUUUGAUUUUUCUACAGAAUUGCUUUUCUUCUCUUCUAGCUUGAGUACCUCUCUGCUUAGUUUUCUUCUCCUGUUGUGCUGACCAUUUCCUGAAUGCUAAGGCUAUCUGGUAAAAUAAUCUGACUUCCUCUGUGAGCCACAGCAAAGAUUUCUGUGCUGCGUUCCCUCCGUCCCCUCACCGACUUGUGCUGUAAUUCCAGUGAAAUUAUUGCUUUCAAACAUUUGUCUCCUUCUGCCAUUCCUCCUAAAAGAAAAUGAAUUAUCCCUGAGGUCUGGAAAGACAUAAAAGAGCAUACUGAAAUGCUUUUAAAGUUUUCUUGGAACAACUUAGUCCUGUGCAUGUCACAGCUAGCACUAUUUGAACUGACUUGAAGUCUGUUCCUAGCGAAGCGAGCAAGUCACAGUGGUGGGGGGAGAUUUUCAAAUGCAAGGAUGCGAGGUGUCGGUGGCUCCCCUUGACAUGGGAAUGCUUCGAUCCGUCGCUGCAAGGCGUGGUGAUGCCACGUCCCCAUUGUGCCACCGUGCAGCAGGUCUGGCAAACAGGAGAACCGCCUGGACAGACCACUGAGAGCCUCUCGUACGUGUAAUUUCUUCCUCUAGAACUGUUUGUGCAGAGCAGAGUGGUUCUUGCUUUUCCGCUUGCAUCCUUGGUGCUGCCGUUGUGCUCGAUGCCAGCAGCUCGAUCCCAUUCCGUACGCGCGCUCUUCUGCUCAGGACUUGGCAAACAGCGUUGUGCAUUCAGCAGUGGCCAUCUGCUGCUUCCCACGUUUAUUUUCAGUUCCCACUCUGAAUGCAGCAGUCACAGUGGUGACGGGAGGAGAAGGGAUGCACGGGCUGUGCCCAUCUUCCUCCUCCCUGAGCUCUCAAUGCUGCAGUGACCGCUCCAAGGGACGGAGGGGACGUUUCCUGGUAACUCCCAGAGCUAGCUGCUUUCGUUAUGUGCAAGUUCACAGCAUUCUACUCCAGCCCAGAGUUAUUUUCUCUGCACAGGUGGCUUUCUUCCCUUUCUUUCUUUUUCUGAUGGGCAGAAGAGAAGUCAGCUGGGCGGAAAGAAAUACUGAACCUCUUGCUCAGCCCAUCUCAAGUUGCCCAGGGAGCUCUCCUCUGCGUUCUCAUGCACCGUUAUGCUUGGAGGGCUCCAGCAGAAAACUGGUGCACACUAGUGGUGUGAGUGGCUCUGCGGCUGGGGCCUGUUCUUUGUUUCAGUGUCAUGCACUGUCAGAGGGCUGUGUCACCUCGUGGCAGCGCUGCUGUGCAGGCAGCUCGGCUGUGGUCGCAUUGCCCCAAUCCUGGUUGUGGUUUCUGUGCUGAAGAGGUGCACAGGUGAUGGGGAGGCAGCAGCAGGGUCAUAGUGUGGGGCUGCUGCUGGGGCUUCUGGGUGGCCGCUGUGGAGUAGAGCUGGCUGAGAUGGGGUGGUCCAUGGCACACAUGGAGCCCCACGUCCCCUCCAAGCCACGUGAUGGUGACCAGCAUGCUCCAUAGCAUGGAUUAGCAGCAGAGCUCUCCCAAAAUAUUUGGGCUGUCCCUAUGUGUUGGUCUGCACCACUCCAUGGGUAUUCCAGAUCCCACAAGGUGGGGGAAGCGGUGCAGACUCACCCAGGCUGCAUCUACCUGCAGAAGAGCUCCAGCUCAUGCUCAUAUCAGUGCUCAAAGGGUAAUAGCAUCCUGUGCUCCUGCAUCCUCAGCAUGGGAUGUGCAGCUCUGGGUUUGAGCCUGAGCAGAGCGAGCUGUGUUUUCCCCAUCUCCUUGUGCACCUGGGAAGUGUUGAGUGAUAGACAGAGCAAGAUCAACAGGGUCAAGCUGUGCUUCAUACAUUUCCUAUGGACAGACUGCCUUUCUACCUGAGGUAGGGAUAGCAUAACACCUCUCACAGUUAAAAUCAAAAGUUUCUAUGCUUAACGUUACGAAUUACCUCCUUUAGCUCACAAGGCCAUGCAUUUACAAAAAAGAGAAAAGUCACUUUAAGUAAAUCCCUCUGCCAGCUGGGAAAACAAAUUGAGCGGAUGGAAGGAGACUGCAUGUACUGAACGCCCAACAGGGAUCUCGUGUGACUGAGCACAGCCUACAGCAAUCCCAAGCUGCCUGCCUGUCCUACACUGCCUCUGUUCUAUGUGAGGAGCAGGCCACCACUCAGCCCGGAGCCUGCACCACUACACUGUGUUUCUGCAGAGGGGUUUUCUGUCAGUAACUUCAGUCACUUCUUCCCUUUGUUUACCUGUUACUUGUUAUUCCAUCCCUUUGCCCUGCCUGUCUGAAGCUGAUCUGGCCCCUGCUAUUGGAGGCACUGUUGGAGGAUGCAGGCCAGGGACAGCAGGUACUGCACUCAGAUGUCUGCAGAGAAAAGCCAGGGCUAAUGAACAAUGACAGGCAAUUGGAAUACUCCUCCUACUGGACUUUUCAAUACAGAAAGGGAGGGGUUAAAGGUAGAUUAGGUCAAUUUUAAGGAAAUGCUCCUGACUUUAGUCAAGCUACCAUGUAGCUGAGACAUUUGAGCAGUGUUACACCAUCAGUUCCUGCCACCGUGCGUUAUUUCAGGCUGGAUACUAGGAAGAAUUUCUUCUCUGAAGGAGUGGCCAGGCACUGGCACAGGCUGCCCAAGGAGCUGGUGGGGUCACUGUCCCUGCAGGUGUUUAAGGGAAGGGUGGAUGUGGCACUGAAGGAUGUGGUUUAGUGGGCAAUACUGGUGGUAGGAGGAUGGUUGGACGAGAUGAUCUUUGUGUUUUUUUUCCAACCUUAAUGAUUCUAUGAUUUCUUGAUGCUGGCUCAGCUCAGUGCUUUAGGAAAAGCAUCGAAAUAUACCUUUCCCUGUCUCAGGUCUCAGAGGUAGGUGCUGACCAUGCAUGUGCUAAGGGCAGCCGGGCAUGACUUUGCUCAUGAACCACAAAGGUCCUCACUUGAUCCAUGGCAUCAAGGAACGUGGGGAGUGAUUUGUGCUGAGCAGAAGGGCUGGGGCAGGAGGGGCAGGAGUUGUUCCCACUUGGCUCCACGCAGGUUCCAAGUGCCACUCAUUGAUCUUUACUUGCUGACGGAGCCUGAAACGAUUGCCUAAUGCAUGUCCUGUGUGAUUUGUUGCUCAGGCAUGGAUGCAAGCAGAGGUGCCCAGUCCAUGGGUGAGCAGUUGCUGUACGCAUGAGGGCAGGAAGCUUUGCUGGCUUUGCAGUGCACAGAGAGCGUCCCAGAAGUGCAGGCAUCUGGUUUUGGGGCUGCCCUUUCUGUGGGGUGGGUAUCCAGUGGUUUUUCAGCCUGGUUCCACCUUUCAUGCUUAUGAAGACAGCUACAAAUCUCAUCACAUCCAGUGGUGCAUUGCCAAGUUCAGCUGUGCCAGCGCUGCCCUUCCCUCUGACUUUGUUUGCGUCAAUAGAGCAGAACUGUUGCACAUCUCUGCAGACACAACCAAAGGGAAAAUUGAUGCAUCUCGUCAGUCUGGCUCAACUUGAGAGUUUCAGGGAUUGUGUUCUGGAUCUUUUUUAGCAAUCUUGAAAAGAGGGAGUGAAAUCUGUAAUUAAAUCAAUACAUAUGUAAACGAGCAUCUGCCAUAGAACUGGUUUAACUUCUUUGUGUUAAACACGUAUUUCUGUUGAUGCGUUAUUUGUGACAUAUUCUUUGUACGUAAGGGUGUUAUUAAAUUGGAAUUUGGCUUGAUUUAAGCAAUUAAAUGAGUCAAACUGCACAGUUUCCCUUGUCUAUGCAUUUGAACAAUUUUUUUAAACUGUUAUGUUGGCUCUUGAUGUGCAUUCUCAAGACUGCUCUCAGUUGACAGCUACUUUCAUGAUUAUUUAGCAGUAGGUUUGGGCAAAUCGUGCAGCCGAUAAGCUGAAAUAUAUGAUAACCCAGCUUUUCACUGGGGUCGAUGUAAAUCUAAGAGCCCUUCUCUCAGGGCUGUGAUUGAGUUUGGUCCAUUGCUGUGUGUCCCCGGGAGCCCUUCCUCUGAAUCCUCAGCCAACGCAACGGUGUCAUUGACUCCGCUCUGUGUCUUUGGUGGCUCUAACACAAGUGGCUCUGUUUCAAUCAUCUGGCACACAGUAGAACUCCCGGGAGCAGACAGGCAUUAUGGCAUGAAAGAAGAUGUUGUUCUUUCCCAUGUAGGAAACGAGCCUGGUCUCGCAUUUCCUGAGUGCUCAACGCUGCCAUUUACUUCAGGGAUCAACGUGAUUCAUUAUUCCUUGUUUCUCUACAGGGUCCGAUUCAGAGCUUGGAGCUACACUCAGCGCAGCAGGGGUCACUGCUGGCUGCCUGAGCAUGUGGGAUCUCUGCGUGGUGGUGGGUCAGCAGUGCUCUGCACACCUGAGGACAUGCAAUGUGCUGGCACAGGUGUGUUCUGCUUGGCCACUGGGCUGUGGGUGAGUGCUCCAUGCUGCCGAUGGCCGAGGUGGAUGCGGAAGACCCAUGAACAAGAAAUGGCUAGAGGCAAGGAAUGCAAAUCCUGUCCUUUUGCCUGAUAAUAAAACAAGGUAUUUGGAAAAGCAUACUGCAAAGCUCAGUGGAAGAGAGAGAAUGCAAAGUUCGUGCAUGCUGCAAGUGCCUACAGGUGCCUUAGUUCUUAAAAGAAGGCAACAACAACAGGGCUUGGUGUUCACCGAGGCAGUGCACUGGGCUGAUGUGUGCAACAUUCAUUAAUUUUGUAUGCUAAUAUCCCCAGAACAGCUAUGUAACUUCAAGAGUAUUUCAUUUCUCAUGCAGAACUCUGGCCUCUUUCCUACCUGAGGCACCGUUUUAUGAUUGAACCACCGGUGCCUUUCCACCCAGCAGGAGCUGCAACGUCACAAAGCAUUGUAGCAGAGCCAUAGAGAAGACUCUGCAAGGAGGGGUGGGCACGGCCAUGCCUGGGCCAAGGGCUUGCAAGUUGUGCAUCUUUCUGAGUCCUUAUGCACAGCGAGAGAGAGAUUUCUCAGGAUUUUUUGGAAAUUUGCCCAGCAGGAGAAGUGGCUUCAAACCUCGGUGGUCUUAUCUAUCUUCUGACUUGGGAAGGUGUCAUUGCACCAUGACCAGACCCAGCAUGGCUCCGUGGUGUGUGUGCCCGGAGGGGCUUUGCCUCACACAGCUCAGUGUACACGCAGCCUUGGCCAUGACCAUCCUUUGUAGGUAGAGGUCUCCAGCUCCCGUGGCCAAGACUGCUCACACGCCAGUGCUUCCAGGCACCCAGGACCUCCCGCUCCUUCCUCCCAGAGAUGCCCAUCUGUUCCUGCCAUGCGGGGAGGGAACCUGGCUUCACGUCUCCUCCCUUUGAGCUGAGCUCCGUGAGGGAGGUGAUGUACGAGUUGGUGGGCUUUUACCGAAAGCAAUUUGAGCACUUGCAGGAUUAUCUGAAGACCAAGACUCUUUCUUAGAACCCUGAAUCAUGCACUUCUGCCCUCUAGAAUGCACUCAGUGGUUUUUCUGGCAAAAACAGGCCAAGGAGUCACUUCCAUCACUGAAUUCUUCUGAGGCUCUUUGCAAAAGCAGCAGCCAGUGCUCGGAAAGCAAACCUGGUAAAUAUUAGAGGAAGGUUGUGUAAUUGCCUGGCUUUGUGGUUCGUUUUAGCUUUGCAUGGGUGGGCAUUGUGGUGUGAACCUACUUUCAGUUCCAUUGAUGUGCUUGCCUUGCAAAACUAACAGAAAAACCCAAGCAGCCCCUUUCUGAAAAUCCUGACGACCACUCCAGAGGCUGCAUGCACUGCUGUUAUUUCAUGCACUGAUAGAGGGAAUGAGCGAUGAGCAUCAGUAAGAACACAAAGCACAACUCGUGGGAACAUGGUUCUGCCCAUCAGACACCCAAAGCGGAGGGGAUGCUCCAGGCUGUGCUGUAGUCUGAGCAUCUGCUGAGCUCAGUACUCAUUUUCAUGUGUGAGACAGCCUUUGUGGAAAGGAUGCACAGCUCAGCGGGGUGCUCAGCGUCCUGCCUCUCUCCAGCAGCUAACAAAACUAUCUGAAAUGGCUUCUUGGUGACAGAUGCGCUGGGCUCUAACGGAGAUGUUGUGCCAGUGGGCAGGAGAGCUGGAGCUGCCAAGUAGCCUGCGGUCAUUGACGCCUAUGUUGGAAAUGAAAUAUGCCCCUUAGGAAAAUACUCCGUUUGUGGAACAGCAUUUCCAUGCAGCUACUGGGACCUCAGAUUUGUCACCGUGUCCCCUGCUCACCAAGCGCACUCUGAGGGCACCAGGGACCCCACACCCUGCAGCAGUAGCAGCAUCCCACUGCUGCAUCGCCAUGGCAAUGUUCCCAUCUGGUACCUCCCAAGCAGACUGUGGGGAGAAUCUGUGCUUGGCCACCAAGGUGCAGGUUUGGUGUUUGUCAUUGUGCUGGCACCAUUUUCUUCCACAGAAGAACCCUCAGGUGACAUCCUUGUCCUCGUGUCUCCCUCUGAUCCCUUGUGCAGCAGUGGCCAAGGAAGGAUGGAUGGGGCAGGGAGGAGUCAGCAGAUGGCAGAGUUGUUUUAGCAUCAGCUCUCUGCCAUGUUGUGCAGCUCGCAGGGAUUUUAUGCUGGAUUUCUUAGCAAGAUCUUGUCCCAGGGCUCAGAGCACUGCAGCGUGGCCUGGGAGCGAGCUGUGCCUGGGCUGAGCAUGGCAGCUCUCAGUGGGAGCACACUGCCCACGAGCCCAGCUUGGAGCCUCGCUGCUGCCCCUGUGGGUUGCCGUCACAGCACCUAUUGCACGCGAUUCACAGUGAUGCUGCCCAGCCUUUGUGUUGCUUUGUGAGAGUUUCUGGAUUGGUUUUGUAGGCCUGAGCCAUGUGUGUCUUGUCUGGGCGUUCAGUCCUAGCAUUUGUUAGGGUGCAUGGCAGUGUGUAGGUUUACACUCAGGUGCUGCCUUCUCUGUGGUUUGGUCCCUGUCUGGGACUUUUCUCCUUGUCUGCCCCUCUCUUGCAGGCUCGCUCUCACCAGCCCUUCGCCCCUCAUUUCCAGGAUUGUGACUCUCCUGGCCUCACCUCAGCUGUGGGGAUCCCAGUGACCCAGGGGAUCAUGCCAGGACUGACCUCGUGCUUUUCUUUGCAAGCGUGGCCAUGUCUCAUAGAGCAGAGGUGCUGUGCAUCCUUUGCUCCCACAGCAGAUACUGCUUCUCCCACUGCCCAGCACUUCUAGGAGGACCCUCGGGCAUGUGCUUGGCCAUCCCAUGGUGUCUAAUUCUAAUUUAAUGCAAACAGAAACAUUAAUAUCAAGAUUGAGCAAGCUCUUUGGUCCCUGCUACCACCACUCGUAGCAUGGGCAAUUUCACCCCAUGUGAUAAGACAGAAGCACAGCGCAGUGCACCUUUGCUUUCCAGCUUUUGAACUGGUACAAACCAUGCAGCCACAUCCCUCCUCUCCUCUGAGCCUUUUGUUUUGCUCGCCAGCCCCACGCGGAUGCAGGUAUUGUUUCGGUACCGUCCCAGUCAGGGGAGCCGGGGGCGAUGCACGGGCGAUGCCGGGCCCCCCCCACCCACACCACAGCACUUUGCCGUGGGAGGUGGCCGCUGGAUGCGGAACCUCCCGUGGGCUUUGCUCAUCCCCAUCAUGUUUCGCUUCGGCUUUGAUGGUCCCAGACCUGUGCACCCUGCGCUGGGCAGAGCUGCACCCCGGGGUGUGCUCCUGUCCUCCUUCUGCGGUGACUCACGGCUGUUUGGCAGCACGGGGCUGCAGCUCGCCCUGUGCCAGCCUCUAUUUUUAGGAAGCUGGGAGAGGGAGGUGCAGCCUUCACAGCAAGAAGUUUCUAGUGCCUUUUGCGGUUUCACGGCUGCAGUGAGGCUUCGCAUCAGCACUUUGGAGGCACGUUCCUUUAGUGGCUCUGAGCAGCUGAGCAUCGCCGCCCAGAGGUGGUGUGUGCUGCCCAGAUGUGCAGCCCAGAUGUGGCGAGAGCCAUGUGCCCUUUGGGGCCCUCUAUCCCCCAGUGGGGCUAGUUCCUCUGCUUUUCCUGGCCCUUCACCCACCCCAAUCCUGUUGGGAUCACCAGCUUGGGGUGCACUCAUGGGUGCAGCAGGGAUGGAUGGAGGGAAGGGGUACAGGAGAUGGCAUUCCUUGGAGCUGGGCAGCCCAGAGGGACAGCAGCACCCAGGGCCAUCCCCUGCAGCUUUUCCCCUUGGCUCUUUGCUGCUCAGUGGGGUGGUGGACAAGGGAGAGAUGUUUUCCUGCAUGUCUGGGCAUUGUCCCCCGGCCUUGUGGUGACACGUGGCUGCUCACAUUAUGCCUGCUGGAGCCUGGGGUGUUUUCUGACCCCCACAGGGGUCUCUCUGCAGGGGUGGGACACCAUGAGAAACCAGGCUGAAGCCUGCUCUUGCCACCGUCUCUCACCAUCUUGCUAUGACUACUGCCACCGCCUCCUGCUCUUCUCUCCCACAGGAGAUGUGACCAUCACAAGUUGGACCUCUCCUCCUAACCCCAAGGCUGCUCUGCGUUCCGGAGCUUUCUCUAAGUCAUACGAAGUUUAAAAAAAAUGAACGGAAACUGUAAUGUCACCUUUCCUUCUCCGGAUGCUGGUGAUAUUUUCUGUGAUGUUCUGGCUCUGUCUGUCUCCUCUCUCUCCUGUGACAGGUGUAAUCCUGAAGAUGUGAGAUCUCGGGAGACCCAGGAAAAAAAAACCUAAAGAAAUGAUAAAACAAAUGAUGGAGAAGCUCAAAAUUCUGGUCACGGUCAGAAGGACUAAAUCAGUUUUUUUUCUCAUAGGUUCCCUUCCGCAUCCCUCCUACAGCAUUGCAGGCGAACUCCUUUUGUGACUCAGAAUAAAAUCCUCUUUCUGAGUGUCUUGCUCUUAAUGCUGCACGGCACCUGGCUUUUGUCAAGUGUAACGAGCUGGUGAGGUGAGCAGCAGGUUUUAAAGAACUAGUUGCAUGAAACCGCAGCAUGCACCCAAAAAAUUCACUCUCUUGUCAUCAGCUUUCACCAUGCUGUGUUCAGAACUGCUCCCAGCCUUUGGCUUGCAACCGGAUAUUUUCUCGGUAAACAAAACCGAGUGCAGUGGAGACAAUUUGCUGAUCAGCGGAAAUACUGCAACUAGGUCAAUAGGAAUGCAAGUGAUGGAUCACAUUUUCCCAUCGUCUCACUCAGCCUGGAGGAACUGUGCCCGUCAGCGUGUGCGAGCGGAUGGGUAUGGUUAUGAUCAAGGGGCAGGGGCUGAUAGAAAACCCUGUUGGUUUCCCAGUGGUGAGAUUGUCUCCAGGUGCAGGAGAACUUCAUCUUCUCUGGGGGAAUCCCGUGUAGGUAGGCAUUGGGUCCUCCAUCGCCCCUCUGGACCAUGCCCCUCUGCUUACUCCCCCAAGUUCCUACAGCAGGAAGGGGCUAACAAUGUGCAGCCACAAGACAACCUGGCCCUGGCAGGAAAUGACAUGGAUUUUGAGGAUUUUGAGCCUCUCACCCCAUCCAUGUGAUGGAGAACCACUGCAGGACCUGGAGAUGGGGCUGGAGGAGAUGGUUGGGGCAGGGUUGCCAACACAACACAAUGUUUUCCUGAAGAAGAGCGGCCAACCUGCCCUCCUAACAAGGUGUGCUGAUGAAUCUCUGCUGGGAUCCCCAUUGUCAUAUUUUCCACACCGCCUUUUUCGUCAGGGUGCCGGUGACUACUGAGGCUGUGUUUCCUGGUUUACAGAGCAAACCAGGGAGCCUCCAUCAACAUUUUGUGUUGAGGACCCCAAAGCGAAGCCUUUCCCCAUCCUCACAGAGCUCCAGGUGCGUGCUGUGGGGCUGGGCUUUCCGGCAUUACCUGCAGCUUUCUCUCAUUUUGGUGAAAUGGUGACAGGUGGCUGUCCAGAAACAUGUCUGAAAAGGUUUCAUCUGCCGGGGAUGGCCAGGGCUCAGGAAUAGCUGUGCAAAACCUCAUUUGCUGCUCUCUGCAUCACUCACUGCUGUGGUUUCACACUUGACUGCUUCUGGGUCCCGACAAUGGGGAUUCGGGGAAAGUUUUAAGUAACGACUUCUCACGUCGCUUUGUUUCUCAUACGAAGGCUUCCUCCAAACAUGAGUAUUAAAUUUGGAGGAAAGUCUGAAGAGCCUUGGAAAAUGUUGGUGGUUGCCCUCUGGCCAAGGCAUGGGGUGAGGACUUUGGGGAGUGGGCAUUGAUGGUUGCUGUGGCUCCCAGUGCCAUGGGGUUUCCUUGGGGGCAGCUUCUUGACGGUGCAGUUGGCAGACCCUCCAUGGCAGGGACAGUUCUGGAAGCUUGGUGUCAGCUCAGAGCCUUGCCAAGGACCAGGGCUAGUAUUUCCAAAGAUAAUACCAAUUUUAAUGUAACAAGGAAGGAAAGCACUGGUGACAGUGCCCUCAAACUGCAUGGGGGCUUCAGCCCCAUCCCAAACAGGCUGUCCAGGAGAGUGGUGGAGUCACUAUCCCUGGAGGUGUUCAAGAAACAUGGAGAUGUGUCACUGAGCGGCAUGGUUAAGUGAGCCUGGUGGGGAUGGGUUGAUGGUUGGAUUUGAUGAUCUUAGAGGUCUUUUCCAACCUUAAUGAUUCUGUGGCUCUAUGAUUCUAUAAUUCAGUGCUCCCCUUUGUGCAAGAAGGUGGUAGUGUCAGCAUGGCAAGGGGGCACAGGACCCCAGAGAUAAAUCAGGCCAUCAGCCACUGAAUUGCUGCCAGCAAAGACCCUGAGAUUGUCACACCUUUGUGAUUUGGGUUAUAUUUGGCUUUAAUUGGGUUAUUUGGCUAUAUUUAGGAACACAGUGACCUGCCAAGGUCAAACACUGACUGGGUUGCAGAGAUGUUUGUGCUUUGCUACCAGCGCUUGCAUUUGCAGCUAAGAACACCCUAACCACACAGGACAGGAUGCGAGAGAGUGGGUAGAUAGCAAAAGCGAGUGCUGGAGCCCAUCCUGCCGUGCUGUGCAGCCCCAUGGCGCUGGGAGCCCUCCUCUGCUGUCACUGCAGGUGAACAGCCGUGCUCCGCACCACCUUGCCUCUGGCAGGAUCCGUCUCUUUAUUUGCUGCGUGCACAUCUGAUAAGAGCAUUGCCUUCGGCUGUUACUUUCAAAACAACUUUGCAUGAUGGUUUGAUCACCCCAGCCCCCUGUGCAGGCAGCCCAACUUCAUCCUCUUUGCGCUAGCAUGGAGCAAAGUCAGUCUGUGGCGGAGGUCUAUGGUUGGUAGCAGUGCCUAGAGGCCCCGGCAGCCCUUUCCAUGCUCAGAUGUGUUAGUGUUAGCAGGGGCACAGUCUGAGGAAGCUUGUGCCUGUGGCUGCAGGGUGAGCACUUCACUGAAACAGUGGAGAAGCUGCUCAAAACAUGUCUUUCCAAACCGAUGGCCAAGCACCAAGACCCAAAAUCCUGUGGUCCAGGAGCAUGAAGCCAUGCCCACACUGUGGUGCCAGUGCCCACAGAGAUGUCCCUUUCCCCAUCUUAAUCCUACCCAAGGAGAUUUCACCUAUGGGGGGCACAAGGGAAAGACAGGAACCAGCACAACGCAUCUGCUUCCCCUAGGUAUUGCAAAAUUGACCCUCUCACAAAGGAA